CCAGCGCUGCCUACACUGCCACGGCAGUUUCGGGGUGGGAAAGAAAAUGGCGGCAGUAUCCGAGGAGCACCCGUCGCAGCGCCCAUUUACCGCUGGGGCUGCUGCUUCUGCUACCCCGACGACGGGGACUUCUUCUCAGGGGCCGCCCGGCGGCGCUGGGGCCAAUCCGCUGUCGCGCAAGCUCCGCAAAGUGUUGGAGACGCGGUUGGAGGCGGACAAAGAAAUGUUAGAAGCGCUCAAGACUCUUUCAGACUUUUUUGUGGAAAACAGCUUGCGUACUCGAAGAAAUUUGCGUGGGGAUAUUGAGCAUCGUAGUUUAGCUAUCAAUGAAGAAUUUGUCUACAUUUUCAAACAAGUGAAAGAGGAACUUGAAAACAUAAAUGAAGAUGUGCAGUUAAUGAGUAAUUGCUGCCAGGAUAUGACUAAUCACUUGAAGGCAACUAAGGAGCAAACUCAGGAUUUAAUUGUCAAAACAACUAAGCUUCAAGCAGAGAGCCAAAGGUUAGAAUUAAAAGCACAAAUAGCAGAUGCUUUCAUAGCAGAAUUCCAACUUUCUCCAGAGGAGAUGAACAUCAUUCGAAGCACCAGAGACAGGCCAGUUACUGAAAAUUUUUUUAAAGUAUUGGGACGAAUAAAGCAAAUUCACAAUGAUGUCAAGAUUCUUCUGCGCACCAGUCAACAGAGAUCAGGCCUGGAGAUUAUGGAACAGAUGGCACUCCUCCAGGAGACUUCUUAUGAACAGCUGUAUCGAUGGGCUCAAGGUGAAUGCAGGGCUUUAACCCAAGAAACCUGUGAUGUUUCUCCAGUUCUGGCUCAGGCAAUGGAAGCUUUGCAAGACAGGCCUGUUCUCUACAAAUACACCCUUGAUGAGUUUGGAACCGCCAGAAGAAGUGCUGUGGUCCGGGGCUUCAUAGAUGCUCUCACUAGAGGAGGUCCAGGAGGAACGCCUCGACCUAUUGAAAUGCACUCCCACGAUCCUUUGAGAUAUGUAGGAGACAUGUUGGCAUGGCUGCAUCAAGCUACUGCUUCAGAAAAAGAGCACCUGGAGGCUCUGUUGAAACACAUAACCACAGAAGGAGUGGAAGAAAAUAUGCAGGAAAUAGUUGGGCACAUCACAGAAGGUGUUUGCCGGCCACUCAAGGUUCGAAUUGAACAGGUGAUUGUAGCUGAACCUGGAGCAGUCCUUCUGUAUAAAAUUUCUAAUCUUCUCAAAUUCUACCAUCACACCAUUAGUAAUAUUAUAGGAAGCAAUGCAGCCAUGCUGUUAACCACGAUAGAAGAGAUGCAUCUUUUGAGCAAAAAGAUAUUCUUCAACAGUUUAAGCCUCCAUGCGACUAAACUGCUGGAUAAGGUUGAACUGCCACCUGCGGACCUCGGUCCAAGUCCUGCACUGAAUCAGACACUUGCUCUGCUGCGUGAAGUAUUAGCAUCCCACGACUCUUGUGUUAUUCCUUUGGAUACUCGUCAAAUGGACUUUGGACAGGUUUUGUCUUGUGUGCUGGAUCCCCUGUUGCAGAUGUGUACUGUGUCUGCCAGUAACUUGGGGUCUGCUGACAUGGCAACAUUCAUGGUGAAUUCACUUCAUAUGAUGAAGACAAUGCUGGCUCUGUUUGAAUUCACAGAUAAAAGGCUAGAAAUGUUACAAUACCAGAUUGAAGCACAUUUGGAUACCCUUAUAAAUGAACAAGCGUCUUAUGUAUUAACUAGAGUGGGUCUAAGUUAUAUAUAUAACAUGGUACAGCAACACAAGACAGAGCAGGGUCCUUUGGCUAAUGUACCCAGUAUGGAUUCAAUGUCAUUAAAAGCUGCAAUGGUCCAGUUUGAUCGUUACCUGUCUGCUCCUGAUGGUCUGUUAAUGCCACAGAUAAACUUUCUCCUCAGCACAGCUGUUAAACAACAGAUAAUAAAACAGUCCACAGAACUGGUCUGCAGAGCUUACAGUGAACUAUAUGCAGCUGUGAUGAAUCCUGAUAAUGCUUAUAAAGAUCCGGAAACUGUAUUGUAUAGAUCUCCUCAUCAAGUUCAGUCACUUCUCUCCUAAUCUUAUAACCCAAAGCGUGCCUUUUAAUACUGCGUAACACAAGAAUGGACACAUAUGAAACUUUGAAAUAGGCAAGGACAACUGAAUUUUGUCUUGCAGAAGACUGCUGCUUGGGUUGCAAUAAUACAUGUAAUUAGUUAGCUGAAAUCCCAUUGACUUGUGGGAUUUAAACUGUUGCUGGGUGACAGCUAUGCUGCAGAGGUGAGAGCGUUUAAAGUAAUUUAUUACAACUUGGAAAAGCUUUGUGAUAAUGCAGAUUAUUUUUUAUUAUGAUGGUAAAAUAAAUGGUGGAACCAAA